AUGAACCUUCUGAUGCGUUUCAAUUAUGUCAAAAAGAAAAUUGAUUGUGACAUUGAAGCCUUUGUAAAAAAAGAUCCGCAUUUCAAAGAUACUUUCUUUUAUACCUUCUUGACCGAUCAAACAAAAACAUUACUCACUGGAAAAGGUGAUUGGUCCGAAUCAUCGCUUAGUUUUCUUGCAACACUCAAACAUCAUUGUGGAUCAAAGAUAGUUGGCCUUUUAACCGGUGCAAAACCCCUUCGUUAUAGUUAUGGUGGUAUCCCUGUCCUUCAGAAUCAUCAAUUGCACGUUUCAAUAAAGAACCUAAUUGUUUCUAUGAGAAUGAAUUCAUUUCUUGAAUACUCUUAG